AUGCGGCUUCCGCGUGAGGUGACAUCGCACGCCCACCGCAGCUACGGCGGACGAGGAACCAUCAACGAGGACUCGGAGCGCACGGCACAGUGGCGACUGCCGGACGGCCCGGACCUGAGCAACGCAUCGAGUUUUGCCUUCCUCCCCGUUGGAGAAGGAAGUCCGCUUGCUGCUCCGGCGGCUCCUACGGCGUUGCAAGACCACUUGGUGCAGCAGCAGGUGUCCAUUCUUGAGGCUGAGCUUCUCCGCGAAGCCGCGGCCGGUGCAGCACUGGACGCCGAUGGCAUACAGGAGCAUCUUGAGCUUUUCGAAGCACGACUGCGCCAAGCAAUGACAGAGCAAUUGCCAGGCGAAGGCCGCCCUCGCUCUCGGCCCCGGGGUCCAUCGCCCUCUGCAGCAGAGCUCGAAGCUCAGGAGCAGCAGCAGUGGCGCCUUCAACAUCUGCAGCGGCCAAGGGUCACAGAGGAGGUGGAGGGAAGUCACUUCCGGCGACACCGGGCAGUCUCUCUCAGCCGCCGGCAGGGGAGGCAUUCACCGGCAUCAAUGGCUGCGGACGAGACCUCGACCUUCCACCACUUGGGCAGACAGGGCAGCAGGUCGUCACCGAGGUCAGAUGCAGAGAACGAGGCAUCUGCAGCGCAUCUCGGGACUCCGGCUAGAAGCAUCCCUCGUGGCGAUACGCAGCUGGCUGCGCACUCGCUGGCACAACCGGCUACAACCCCCAGACCGAGCCAGCCACAAACGGGAGCGGAGGCGAAUGCCUAUGGAGAGCAAAGGUCUCUCGUGGGACCCGCAGGAGGUGGAGCACCAUUGCCGCCACCUUCCACUCUGGAGAGCGCAAGGCCGGCCCAGAUGGCCACAACAGGUGGUCAGCCCGAAUUCGAUGAAGCUGGAAAGCUGAGGCCAUCCAUGCCCAUGCAAGAGGGCGAGGCUGGAGUGGAAAAGCAGCCAAG